GCCGCGCGAGAACGACCGUUGGACGGGCGGGCGGACGGACGGCCUGGGGUAGAAACUGCCUCGGCCUCAGCAUGGCAGAAGGUGAAGAAGAUUGUCACUCUGACAUGGUAAGAGCAGAUGACAAUGAAAGGUCUGGGGAAGCAAAUCUUCAGGCAGAGCUCCAGAUGUUCAGAGCACGGUGGAUGUUUGAACUUACCCCAGGGGUGAGCUCUACGGGUUUGGAAGUUCGAUCCUGCAGAACGUCGGCAAGAGGGCCUUCAGUAAAGGCUGUAGAUACCAAAGGAAAGCUGGAACUAGCAAAAGAGGAAAAGGCAAGAGAACUGUUCCUGAAAGCAGUGGAACAAGAACAAAAUGGGGCUCUUUAUGAAGCUAUUAAGUUCUAUCGUCUGGCUAUGCAACUGGUCCCAGAUAUUGAGUUUAAGAUCACCUACACCCGAUCUCCAGAUGGUGACAGUAUUGGGAAAAGCUACAUUGAAGAUAAUGAGAAUGAUAGCAAGGUGGCUGACCUUCUAUCCUACUUUCAACAGCAAUUUACUCUUCAGGAAUCAUCCAUCAAACUGUGUCAGCCUGAGCUUGAUAUGAAUCAGACUCAUAUCUCAGUGUUGCCAAUGGAGCUGAUGAUGUAUAUUUUUCGAUGGGUGGUUUCCAGUGAUCUGGACCUGAGGUCUUUGGAACAGUUAUCAUUGGUCUGCAGAGGUUUCUACAUUUGUGCCAGGGACCCUGAAAUUUGGCGUCAGGCUUGUUUGAAGGUUUGGGGCAGGACCUGUAACAAAUUGGUUCCUUAUACCUCAUGGAGGGAAAUGUUUUUGGAAAGACCUAGAGUUCGAUUUGAUGGCGUAUACAUCAGCAAGACAACAUACAUACGUCAAGGAGAACAGUCUCUUGAUGGCUUCUAUAGGGCAUGGCACCAAGUGGACUAUUACAGGUACAUGAGAUUUUUCCCAGAUGGCCAAGUAAUGAUGCUAACAACUCCGGAAGAACCUCAGUCUAUUGUUCCUCGUUUACGAACUAAAAACACAAGAACGGAUGCAAUCCUGCUUGGCCAUUAUCGCCUUUCCCAGGAUACGGACAAUCAAACCAAAGUAUUUGCUGUAAUGACAAAGAAGAAGGAAGAGAAACCAAUUGACUACCACAAGUACAGAUAUUUCUGUCGUGUCCCUGUGCAAGAAACUGACCACAGCUUUCAUGUAGGGCUACAGCUGUGUUCCAGUGGCCGCCAGAGAUUCAACAAGCUUGUUUGGAUUCAUCACUCUUGUCACAUUACUUACAAGUCUACUGGUGAAACAGCAGUCUCUUCUUUUGACAUCGACAAGAUGUACACCCCUUUGUUCUUUGCACGAGUGAAGAGCUUUACUGCAUUUUCAGAAAGACCUCUCUAAGAAGGUCACAUCUCUUACUCUUGCAUGAAAAAUUACAGCAAACAACACUUAAGUUAUAAAUGUGUGUAUAUAUAUACAUAUAUAUAUAUAUGAAUUUUAUUUUAAAAAUGGGGGAUCUUUUUGAAAGAUAUAUACUGGAAAUAAUUUGAUUUAGGGUGGCAGGGUUAUUUUAUUGGUUCUGAAGUCAAGUUUACACGUUAUUUUAAACUUGUUUAUGUUGUGAAAAGACUUUGAUAACAUAAAAGGCAUUUUUGCCAUGUCAUUUUAUGAGCAAAUUUAUAAGCUGUUCUCUUUCCAGCGUAAGGCUUCAUCUGCCUAUGCACCUUAAGUUCAGGAAUCGUUAUAAACCUACUGCUGUACAUAAGACAUGGUGUGCGUGCAUUGGGGGAAGGCUCAAAAUGUGAAGAAAUUGUCCUACAUCUGUGUGUGGCCGACACAAAUGUAAAAUAAAUGUUUACUUUUAAAUACAUGUAUUUGGGUUGCCUUUCAAGAAGAGACAUUGACUUUGUUGUAAGCUGAAGCCUUACAAAAAAAAAUUAAGCAAGGGAAGCAAAGUUGGAAGUUGAGCUUCAGUUGUUGCCAUCUGUUUUGGCAUCACAUUGUUUCAACAACUAGUAGUUACUGCAUUGCAAGGGGUAGAAGAUGAGCGAGAAGUCACAUUGGGGAACUGGCUGCCUCUCUCUUCUUCUUGACCCAGGAAAGGAUUUCAAGAAAGCAGCUUGGAGCACUGAACUUGAAAGUGCAUUGUUUGAAAUAUGUUAUGCAAAUGAGAAUAGGGCUGUACUCACGUAUGUUUGUCUUUUCUUUGUUUAACCCUUCACCUAACUGCUAAGAACACUGCACACCCCUUGGGUGUUUUGUCAUACUAAACUGAUUUUUUUGGCUUUUGGGGACUCCUACAGAUGUUCAGGUACUGUGUUCUGCUUCUCCUGCGUAUGUACUUUGGGAGUUGAAUGCAACUGCUGUAUGACGCUUAUCAUAAAUAUGUACUUACAAACAUAAAACUAAAAUUUCUAAAUGUU